AUGAGUUUAGAGAAAAGACCCAAUUUCUUAAUUAUUGUUGCUGAUGAUCUAGGAUUCACCGAUGUGAGUGCAUUCGGAGGAGAGAUACAUACUCCGAACCUAAAGAAGUUAGGUACCAACGGAAUUCGGUUUACAGAUUUUCAUACAGCACUGGCAUGUUCUCCUACACGUUCAAUGUUGUUCUCAGGAACUGAUAACCAUAUUGCUGGUUUGGGACAAAUGAGAGAAUUUGCUGUGAGACAUCCUAAGAAGUUCAGCGGAAAGCCGGGGUAUGAGGGCUAUUUGAACGAGAGAGUUGCUCCACUUCCGGAAAUCUUGCGUGAUGAUGGAUAUUACACUUUCAUAUCUGGGAAAUGGCACUUAGGUUUGGAGCCUGACAGCUGGCCAGUCAAGAGAGGGUUCGAAAAGGCUUGGACUCUUUUACCUGGUGCUGGUAAUCAUUUCAAGUACAUUCCUAGAGAUGAAAACGGUGGGCAGAUGAACUUCACGCCUUGGCUAUAUGCUGAUGAUGAUAGAGAAGUAGACUGCGACAAGGAAAUACCUGAGGAUUUUUAUUCUACCAAUUACUUCACUGAUAAAGGAAUUGAAUUUCUUACUGAUGAUGUUCAGCGUCAAGGUAGACCAUUUUUCGGCUGCUUGACCUAUACAGCUCCUCACUGGCCGUACCAAGCUCACCGUGAGAAGAUUGACAAGUAUAAGGGGAAAUAUGAUGCUGGUCCUGAAGACUUGAGACAAAAACGUUUGAAGCAAGCCAUUGGAGCAGGAAUCCUCCCCGAUGGCAUUGAACCUCACCAGUUGACUACGUAUCAAGACAGAAGGUGGCAUCAACUUUCUGAUGAAGAGAGAGCAAUUUCUUCUAGGAUUAUGGAAACCUACGCUGCAAUGGUAGAAAUUUUAGACGAUAAUAUCGGUAGAGUUAUUGAUAUAUUAGAGAAGAAGGGAGAAUUGGAUAACACUUUCGUUUUGUUUAUGUCUGACAAUGGAGCUGAAGGUCUGUUAAUGGAGGCUCUCCCACUUCAAAUAGUCAAUGUCAAGAAUGAAAUUGCAAAAUAUUAUCAUAAUGAAUUAGAAAAUAUCGGAAACAAGGAUUCUUGGACCUUUUAUGGGGAUCAAUGGGCACAAGCAGCUACAGCGCCAUCUUAUAUGUGUAAAGGUUGGAAUUCUGAAGGAGGAAUCAGGUGCCCCUUGAUUUUGCAUUAUCCACCAUUACAUGACGCAGGAAAGAAGCAAUAUAUUGCAAGAGCUUUUACAACUGUAAUGGAUAUCUUGCCAACAGUUUUGGAAUUGGCAGAAGUACAACAUCCCGGUACUGAAUAUAAGGGGAGAAAAGUGGUUCUUCCAAAAGGAAAAUCUUGGGUUCCAUACUUGCAGGAUAAGGCAGAGCAAAUUCACUCCGAAGAUCAUGUAACAGGCUGGGAAUUAUUCGGCCAACAGGCUGUGAGAAAGGGUCCAUACAAGGCUCUUUUCAUCCCUAAACCAUUUGGCCCAGCCAAAUGGCAGUUGUUCCAUAUAAGAAAUGAUCCUGGCGAAACAAAAGAUUUAGCUGAAGUUGAACCUGAGAGGCUACAAACUAUGCUAAAUCAUUGGGCAGAAUAUGUCGCAGAGACUGGUUUGGUCGAAUUAGGAUCGGACUUUCUCUUCAAUGAUGACGACGAAGGUGGCCAUGUAGUUAAUUUCACUUACGUUGACUAG